AUGGGCAUCCCAAGUGACUCAUGGGCAUCCCAGUUACUCAUGGGCAUUCACAGUAUAAUAUUGGCAUUCCAGUUUUACUCCAUGGGCGUCCCAGUUUAUCAUGGGCAUCCCAGUUACUCAUUGGAAUUCCCAUUACUAAUUGGCAUUCCCAGUUACUUCAUUGGCAUCCCAGUUACUCAUGGACAUCCCAGUUACUCAUGGGCAUCCCAGUUACUCAUGGGCAUCCCAAUUACUCAUUGGUUUCUCAUUGGAUCACCCAGUUACUCAUUGGCAUCCAGUUACUCAUUGGCAUCCCAGUUACUCAUUGGCAUCCCAGUUACUCAUUGGCAUCCCAGUUACUCAUUGGCAUCCCAGUUACUCAUUGGCAUCCCAAUUACUCAUUGGCAUCCCAAUUACUCAUUGGCAUCCCAGUUACUCAUGGGCAUCCCAGUUACUCAUUGGCAUCCCAGUUACUCAUUGGCAUCCCAGUUACUCAUUGGCAUCCCAGUUACUCAUUGGCAUCCCAGUUACUCAUGGGCAUCCCAGUUACUCAUGGGCAUCUCAGUUACUCAUUGGAACAUCACAGUUACUCAAUGGGCAUCCCAAUCUACUCUCUUGACGCAUCCCAGCUUUAAUCAUGGACAUCCCGUUAUCAUUGGUGAUUGUAACUCAGUUACUCAUUGGCAUCCAGUUACUUCACUGGACUCCCAGUUACUCAUUGGCCUCUCAGUUACUUCAUUGGCAUCCAUUUACUCACUGGGGUUCCAAUUAAUCUUUGCAACCCAGGUACUCAAUUGGCUUCCCAGUUACUCUUUGGGCAUCCCAGUUUACUCAUUGGCACCCAGUUACUCAUUGGCACAUCCAGUUACUCAUGGGCCAUCCCAGUUACUCAUUGGCAUCCCAGUUAAACUCAUUGGAAUCCCAGUUUUACUCCUUUGGAAUCCCAUGUUACUCAUUGGCUUCCACAUACCCCCACUAACACCUGCUUCUCUCUACUCCCCACAGAGUAACCACGUACAUCGCACUUCCUACAGAAUCAAAGCCUUCAGUCAUGUGUUUACUGUCGACCUCCAGCUCAACACGCAAUUGCUGUCUCCCAGUCUGAUGGCUCACCACCGCGCUGCAAGAGACAGGUCAAGCCAGGUCGAUCACCAGAUCGAGCACUGUUACUACCAUGGCACCGUCAAGGACUACUCUGGUGCCAUCGCUGCCUUCAGGACCUGCAAUGGCCUGGCUGGCAUCAUCCAACUGGGCAACGAGACUCUUCUAGUGUCUCCCAUGGCUGGUGGGGAGAAGCUGCCCAAGCACCCACACUUCGUCAUCGAGUCCAAGAACCCUCACAUCCGGCAGAAGUGUGGGUCACAGACGGGGUACGAGUGGGGCAUGUGGGAACGUAACUUCAGCCACGGCAGUCAUGGACGUAAGAAGAAGCAGACACGGCAUCGCUUCACCCGUGACGUGCGCACCACCAUCAAGUACAUCGAGACUGCGCUCUUCCUCGACAAGAAGUUUAUGGAGGACAGGAACUACUCUAGAGUGAGAGCACUCAAUGAUGCUCUGCAAAUAGCCAACAUUGCUGAUCUGUAUUUCAAAACAAUCAACACCCGCAUCACAAUCACCUACCUGGAAACCUGGUCAGGCAGGAAUCUGGUCGACCUGGGCAGAAACCAUCCCAUCGCCACUGCACUCAUAAACUUCUACAACUAUGUGGGAGAGAAACUCAACGACUUCCACAAAGACACGUCACAUUUAAUUACAGGGGAGCAGUUCCAGAGUGGGGAGUCUGGAAUGGGUGUUCCCAACAGCAUCUGCACUGCCAAGGCAUCCGGCAUCUCUGUCGACCUCAAUGUGUAUGAGCCUCACCUUGUGGCCUCCACCAUGACCCACAUGAUUGGGCACAACCUCUAUAUGAAACACGAUGAUGGAAGAGGGCCAAACUGCUACUGUCAGGACUGGCAUGGGUGUAUUAUGUCAAAGAAUGUGGUUGGUCAAGACAAUGUUCAGCCUUCAAAGUUCUCUAAGUGCUCAGUCGAUGACUACCAUCAUGCUCUGCAAACUGUUGAAGAAGCAAGUUGUCUUCUCCACACUCCAACUAAGGUACUGUUGAUUUUUUUGAUCAAUGGACCAGGAAAUAGAAAGUCAACAGUUGAUACCAGGCAACCACAGCCUUUUGAGUGUGGAAAUGGGAGAGUAGAUGAAGGUGAACAGUGUGACUGUGGACAGAGAGAGGUGUGUGACCUCAAUGAUCCUUGUUGUGACCCCCUCACAUGUCGUCUUAAGCUGGAGGCAGAGUGCGCCAGUGGUCCCUGCUGUGAUAACUGCCGGCUACGUCCCAAAGGUUACAUGUGUCGUAAAGCACAAACUGAAUGUGACAUUCCAGAAUUUUGUAAUGGACUUCAUGGCAGCUGCCCCAUGGAUAUAUACAAGAAAACUGGCAACAAGUGUGGAAAUGGAAAAGGCUACUGCUUUAAGGGUAUUUGCCCUACACUAAAUAACCAGUGUGAGCUUAUUUGGGGCUAUGGUGGUCAGGCAUCUGAUGAAACGUGCUACAAGCAGUUUAAUGUUGAUGGUGUCAUCUACGGCAACUGUGGCCGCCAUCACAAUGGCAGCUAUAUCAAAUGUGAAAUUGGGAACAUCAUGUGUGGAACCUUGCAGUGCCAGCAUGGGAUGCAGCAUCCAGUCACUCCCAACACAGACCAGAGUUACUCGCGAACCAUAGUUGCCAUGGGCGGACAUGAAUAUGAGUGCAAGUUAGUCUUUCCUGCAUUCUUUAAUAUUUGGAUUCUUUUAAUGAGUGGGCAUUAGUGAUGUAGGUAGCUCAAGCUGGCUGAAUAAAACCAGGGUAGCUUGUUUGAGUCUACCUUUGUCAACAGUAUAAAGAUGGAUGACAGUCUGGGGCGCUGUAAGCAACUGCUUAGCGUCUUGCACCGGAACUCAUAGAUGGGUACUGUAUUGGUGUUAUAAAAUUGUGUAAUUGCAAGAACUAGGAGACUCAUAGUUUACCCUCUUUAAGGUGAAUUGUUAUGCACAUAUAUAUUAUCAACUAGGAGGAGGUAGUCUUACGAAAAAUUAAAAAAAAAAAGAGUAAAUUGAUUUGUAAUGAAUCUCCCAAAUAAAGAUAAAAAUUUAACUUUGUAGAUAAGCAAGCACAUGUAUAAAAAAAUAUUGCUUUUAUCUUGAGCACCUUAAUGAAUAGGCUUCAUGGCUAAAAAUGCAAGACCAAGGUUCAGUUGUUAUUCAAAUUGUUAUAGAAAAACCAGGUUUGAGUGAACAAAAAAAAAUCUGGUCAAACAACCACCCAACCUUCAGAUUCAGCUUUCAAAAGAAUGGAAUAGCAGGCUGUGUGCAGGCCAGACAAGAUGCACUUACAUGCCUACAAAGAAACAUUGUUCAGGAUAAAUAAAUCACUGUUCAGGUUGUUGUCUUUGGAGUGCAGUUAAUAAAUAAAGUUACUUAACCUCAUAAUUUUAUCCUUUGGAUUGUUUA